CACUUGACAGUGGCGGCGGAGGGAGAGCUGGCGGAGGAAAAGGCAGCAGCGGUGGUGGUUCACCUUCUCAAACAAACAGGAAGCAAGACAGCGCUCCUGUCCACCUGCGACAUCUGUGUCCUGCGUAAGGAGACAGCCUGCGUGGACUGCGUGGCUCGUAUGUAACGCAGACUUUUUUUAAUUGAAACUACUCCAUCGUGAAGACUGCGUUAUUAACUUUCAGCGGGUUGUUGGUCCGGUACAUUGUUCAGCGACCUCACGCCAAAGAGUGACUAAAGAUGCAGUGCCCCAGCCGCUAUCCAGACACCCCCAGCGAGGAGCAGAGGCACAGGAAAUAAGAGACUUCAGAAAACAGCAGGUCCUUAUGGUUGAGGUGGUGUGUGGUGCCCCUUGCCAUGCCUCCUGCCAUGACAGACCUCCUGGACAUAUGGGCGGCCCACUCGCCCCUGGCCGGCCAUGCUCUGGACCAGAUCACUGUGGAUUUUCUGCUGCCCACUGGUAUCUACAUCCAGAUGGACGUACCACGCGAGGCCACCAUUCAGCACAUCAAACUGCUUUUAUGGAAGCAGGCUCAGUCAUUCCCACUGUUUCCCGCCCUGGGCGAAAUGGAGAGCCACAUGUUCGAGUGUGUCAACCAGGCAGCCGUUCACGAAGAACUGGAGGACGAAACUCGCAGGCUGUGCGAUGUUCGCCCUUUCCUGCCGGUCCUCAAGCUGGUGACGCGCAAUUGCGGCCGGGCAGAGCGCCUGCUGGACUCCAAAAUCGGCGUGCUCAUUAGCAAGGGUCUCCAUGAACUCGAUGGCAUAAAUGACCAGGAGGUGAAGGACUUUCGCAGUAAGAUGUUUCGUAUGAGUGAAGAAAGGAUGCAAAAAGUCCAGAUGAUGACGUGCAUGGAGUGGCUGGAGGCCUGCUUCUCCCCACAGCUGGAGCCCGCACCAGGAACGGCCAUCACUGAUGGGCUCAAUGACCGGCCGGCCGACCUGAAAGUCACCAUCCACUUUGACCAGUCUCAGGACUCAGCCAGUCUGAAGGUGGCAUCGUCCAGCACCCCCAUUGAUCUGAUGGAGCUGGCCCUGAGGAAGUGGCUGACCACCCACGGGCCCGAGGAGGAGGCAUGGAGGGGUCAGUACGUGCUGAGAGUCAGCCACUGUCUGGAGUUCCUCUGUGGAGACCACCCCCUGAUUCAGUACAAGUACAUCCGCACAUGCAUGCAAGCCAAGGAGUCUCCACACCUCACCCUGGUCCACACCAGCGCCAUCAAGGCCAUGUUUGACAAGGAAAUCUCUGCCAUCGGAGCUGUGGUUGGCCGCAAGUCCUCCAACCCACCUUUACCACUACCUCCAAAGAGAAGGGCUCCCACGCAAGUACAGACAUGUGUGUGGGGUGUGUCUAGCCCGUUUAAGAUAGUCCUGGUGAACGGCAGCAAGGUGAACGCGGAGGAGACUGCCAAGGUCCAGGUGAGGGCGGGGCUCUUCCACGGCACAGAGCUGCUGUGCAAGCCGGCUGUGAGCAGUGAGAGCAGUGGACGCUCAGACCACACGUGGAAAGACAGCACGCUGGAGUUUGACAUCUCUGUCUCGGACUUGCCCCGCAUGACCCGACUCUGCUUUGCUAUCUAUGCCGUUAUGGAUAAGGUCAAGAAGCAGAAGUCUACCAAAAAUGCUCACAUAAACAAGUACCAGACCAUCCGCAAAGCAGGAAAAGUGCACUACCCCAUAGCCUGGGUCAACACCAUGGUGUUUGACUAUAAAGGACAGCUGAAGACAGGAGACAUCAUCCUGCACUGCUGGUCUUCCUUUCCUGAUGAACUUGAAGAGAUGCUGAACCCCAUAGGAACCAUUCAGACCAACCCGUACACUGAGAACGCUACAGCACUGCACAUCCACUUCCCAGAGUACUCGUCACACCCCAUCAUCUUCCCUCCCUUCGACAAGAUACUGGAAAAAGCUGCAGAGAUCGCCAGAGCAAAUGACUGUGCACCCAUGAGUCGUGGGGGUAAGAAGUUCCACAUAGAGCUGAAGGAGAUCAUGGAGCGUGAUGCGCUCUCUCAGCUGUGUGAAAACGAGAAGGAUUUGAUCUGGACGCUACGCCACGACUGUAGAGAGAAUUUCCCUCAGUCGCUGCCCAAGCUGCUACUCUCCGUCAAGUGGAGCAAACAUGAGGACAUGGCCCAGCUCCAGGCACUGCUUCAGAUCUGGCCAAAACUGAGUCCCAGAGAUGCUCUGGAGCUUCUGGACUUCAACUACCCUGACCAGUAUGUCAGGGAAUAUGCUGUGGGAUGUCUGCGUGAUAUGAGUAAUGAGGAGCUGUCGCAGUACUUGUUACAGUUGGUGCAGGUGUUGCGUUAUGAACCCUACUAUGAUUGCGCCCUCACCCACUUCCUGCUGGAGCGUGCCCAGAGAAACCGCAAGAUAGGACACUUCCUCUUCUGGCACCUACGGUCGGAGAUCCACAUGCCAGCUGUUUCAGUCCAGUUUGCCCUCAUCCUGGAAGCCUACUGUAGAGGCAGCAUCCCUCAUAUUGAGGUUCUAAAGAAACAGGUGGAAGCCCUGAGUAAGCUAAAGUCGGUGAACGAGCUAAUUAAACUGGGAACCAUCAAAAACGCUCGUAAGGCCAAGGAGGCAAUGUUGACAAAGGAGGCCAUGAUGACUUGUCUAAGGCAAAGCGGCUACUCAGAGACUCUGUCAGACCUGCACUCCCCUCUAAACCCCAAUGUCCUGCUGUCUGGCAUCAAUGUGGAGAAGUGUCGGUACAUGGACUCUAAGAUGAAGCCACUCUGGAUUGUUUACAACAACAAGCUGAUGGGGGGAGACACCUUGGGAAUCAUCUUCAAGAACGGCGAUGACCUAAGGCAAGACAUGUUAACCCUCCAGAUUUUGAGGUUAAUGGAUCUGCUAUGGAAGGAGGCAAAUCUGGACCUCAGAAUCGUACCGUAUGGUUGCCUAGCAACAGGUGACCGGGCAGGGCUGAUUGAGGUAGUCUCAUCAGCAGACACGAUUGCAAACAUCCAGCUGACCAGCAGCAACGUGGCAGCAGCUGCCGCCUUCAACAAGGAUGCUUUGCUCAACUGGCUCAAAGAGAGAAACACUGGCGAUGCUCUUGAGCGGGCUAUCGAGGAGUUCACUCUGUCAUGUGCAGGCUACUGUGUAGCCACCUACGUCCUGGGCAUCGGAGACCGCCACAGCGACAACAUCAUGGUCCGCAGCACGGGACAGCUCUUCCACAUAGACUUUGGCCACAUCCUGGGCAACUUCAAGUCCAAGUUUGGCAUCAAGAGGGAGCGUGUACCAUUCAUCCUGACACACGACUUCAUCCACGUCAUACAGCAGGGCAAGACAGGGUACACAGAAAAAUUUGGCAGUUUCCGACAGUACUGCGAGGAAGCCUAUCUAAUCUUGAGGAAGAAUGGGAACCUCUUCAUCACAUUGUUUGCCCUCAUGCUGACUGCUGGACUGCCUGAGCUCACCUCAGUCAAAGACAUCCAGUACUUAAAGGACUCUCUGGCUCUGGGUAAAACAGACGAGGAGGCGCUGAAGCAGUUCCGCCAGAAGUUCGACGAGGCCCUGAGAGAGAGCUGGACUACCAAAGUCAACUGGAUGGCCCACAAUGUGGCCAAAGACAACCGCUCCUAGAGCAGCUGAGACCCCUCGAAAGCCAAGGGUCAGGGGCCAAGAGGACACAGUGAAGGAGUGUGUGAGUGUGUGGGAGAGGAAAGGUGUGCAGAGGAGACGGUAUGACAGCCACACUGAUUUAAAGAAGGGAAUAUCCCAAUCGUGAGCAGAUUCAGCCCCAUAUACUGUACAUACAGAGUAAACCUACCCUCUGAAACAGUCCGGUAAGCCUGCACCCUUGCUCACUGCAUCCCUCCUCGCCUUGCAUCACUCUGGCAUGGUGCCUCCUGAAAAUCCAAAUUCAAGGUCUUGUGACAUUUCUGUGGAAUCAUGGUGGGUAACGUUGUUGCAAGUUUUGCACAGGCACAACAGCUGAUGGAGCACACAGCCAAAGGAAGGGAACUGAAGCGCCCACUCUGCCCACACUAAAGAUGAACUGUUCCUACAGAGCGGGCUGACAACAAAAUUCAUGGCCUGGAGUGGUUGAAUGAAUUUUGUCCCACAGACUUGAAACUCAGCUUGUAUGGACUCUGAAGGGGGACAUGGUUUGACUGCACCCCUGAACUGUUUUAAGUACAGCAGAGGUAACACAUGGGUGUGGAAAGGGCGGAUAUGGAAAGGACAAAAACGUCUGACCCCCAUGUCUUAAAACAAUGUGCACCACGCCCACAGGAAGUGCAUCUUAACUGUCUCGCUCCCGCUGCCUCAAAAGUGUGCCUCGAAACUGCGGGAAGAUUGUAUUUUUUAUGAGUUUUCUUUUUCUGUUGCCAUUUAAGAAUUUAUCAUGAGACGUCUAUGUGCCAGACUACUUUACUAGUCCAGAGAGAAAAUUUCUGUUAGGGAAAUAAUGAUGAAGAGAAGGAUUGAUUGGAGAAAAAGAUGCCCUGAGCCUUUUGGUCCACUUUUUGAAUCUCAUUUCUUUUGGACCUUUGAACACUGGAAUGUUUUUAGAAAGACAUAUACGUGUACAUUUCAGAUAGUCUUUUAACAAACUAAACACUUUAUUUUUUAGUUUCUUUUAUUUUGAAAUGACAAUGUGCAUUGUUUCUUUGAACAUUUUUCAAAUCAAGAGCAUUAUUGUAUAAAAUGUUAUCACCCGUGAGUUAUCACUUGUCAACUUGUCUUAAAGUCUAAAAGGAUGUCGGCCUUUUAAAGUGCCACCCCACUCAUUCUAAGAUAAACUCACUGAAGAAUAACUGAUGCUUUUAACACGUUAGGACCAAAACAAAAAGCAUAUCUUUAGUAAUUCCAUUGUUCAUACUGUGUUUUUAAUUAUCUGUUUCUGAAUUGAAUGUGAAAAUAUGUGCCGCUCUCUUUUUAAAUGUUUGUUUUUAUACAAGCAGGUGUGGGCGGAGUCUGGGGGCUGUGUGGGCGGGGUUUAUCAGUAGGGACAUUACACUGCGAUGCAAAGCUACUUCCUCAUUUUCGACAUACGGUGCCCCUCAGCAUCUGCAUCUGUGUUUGAUUUUCGUGCAAUAUCCGAGUAUAUGAACCAUAUCCUAUUAAAUAAAACCUUAGGCCAAGGCCUAAGCCUAUAAUGGUUUUUCUCUGUUGGUUUAUGUGUGAUGCAGCUGUAUUUCGCACCACUUAGCCUUCAAAAGUCUCAGACACUGGAUAUUGUCAAAUGUACAGGCUUUUAUUGUUUUGCUGGUUUUUGUUUUCAUAGGAGUUUUAUUAAAGUUUUUUUCCACCGCGCUGCA